UCUCUCUCUCUUUCUCAAAAUCCCUAUUCUUCUCUCACAACUCUCCAACAUACAUAACCCCACAAUCCUUUUCUUCAGGGUCUUUGCGUUUUCCCUUUCUCAAUUCUCUUUCUGACACCCUAUUUAAGCUUAGUUUCAUUUUCUCUCACUGCUCUUUCCCCCUUUCUGGGGUUCAUCGUAAAUCCCUUCAAAUGCAUCUGAUUUCUGUUUCCAAGCUCCAACGAUGACCGCAUAGCCUGAGCCUCAGCUCACAGGUGUUGUUGGUGUCUAUGUUGCUGUGAUUUUCUUGGUUUGAGAUGAGUCGAAGAGUGAGGAGGAAGGUGGCAAGGAAAAGCAAAGGGAAUGAUGUUGUAGCUUCAAGUUGUCCUGAGAUUCGAGAUGAGGUUUUGGAUUUGGAACUGCCAGGGACGGUUGAUUGGAGGAGCUUACCUGAUGAUACAGUGAUUCAGCUGUUGUCAUGUCUGAGUUAUAGGGACCGUGCUAGCUUAUCGUCGACUUGUAGGACAUGGAGGACUCUUGGCAGCUCGCAGUGUUUGUGGAACACGUUGGAUCUUCGUUCCCACAGGUUUGAUGCUAAUAUGGCAUCUUCACUUGCUCCGAGGUGUGUGCAUCUUCAGAAGCUAAGGUUUCGUGGGGCAGAGUCUGCUGAUGCCAUAAUCCAUCUUCGAGCUAGGAACUUGUGUGAGUUAAGUGGUGACUAUUGCAGGAAAAUUACUGAUGCAACUCUUUCGGUGAUUGCUGCCCGGCAUGAGUUACUUGAGAGUCUUCAGCUUGGACCUGAUUUCUGCGAGAGAAUAAGUAGUGAUGCUAUUAAGGCAAUAGCUCAUUGCUGUCCUAGACUUAGUAAACUUAGGCUUUCAGGUAUCAGAGAUGUAAAUGCAGAUGCUAUUAAUGCAUUGGCUAAGCAUUGUCCAAAGUUGACUGAUAUUGGGUUCAUUGAUUGUUUGAAUGUUGAUGAGCUUGCAUUGGGGAAUGUGAUGUCGGUUCAUUUCCUUUCUGUUGCGGGCACAUCAAGUAUGAAGUGGGGUGUUGUUUCCCAUCUUUGGCAUAAGCUUCCUAACCUGAUUGGAUUAGAUGUUUCGAGAACUGAUAUUAGUCCAUCUGCUGUUGCAAGGUUGUUAUCCUUAUCGCAUAGCUUGAGGGUUUUGUGUGCUUUGAAUUGUCCAAUCCUCGAAGAAGACACUAGCUUCUCCGCUAGUAAAUAUAAAAACAAGUUAUUAAUUUCCCUUUUUACCAAUAUUUUUGAAGGACUAGCUUCUUUAUUUUUUGAUAGUACAAAGAAAGGAAAGAAUGUCUUUUUGGACUGGAGGAGUUCGAAGAAUAAUGAUAAGGACCUUAAUGAAAUUAUACCUUGGCUUGAAUGGAUGCUGUCCCAUACACUACUGAGAUCUGCUGAGAGCCCUCAACAGGGUCUUGAUAAUUUCUGGGUUGAACAAGGCGGAGCACUCUUACUUAGUCUAAUGCAGAGUUCUCAAGAGGAUGUUCAAGAGAGGGCAGCUACGGGCCUUGCAACUUUUGUCGUGAUUGAUGAUGAAAAUGCUAGCAUAGAUUGUGGAAGGGCUGAAGCAGUUAUGCGAGAUGGUGGCAUAAGGCUCCUUCUUGGCUUAGCAAAAUCUUGGAGGGAAGGGCUUCAAUCUGAGGCAGCUAAGGCAAUUGCAAAUUUGUCUGUCAAUGCCAAUGUGGCCAAAGCUGUUGCUGAAGAGGGUGGGAUUGAGAUUCUCGCUGGUUUGGCUAGGUCAAUGAACAAGCUGGUGGCUGAAGAGGCUGCUGGAGGGUUGUGGAAUCUCUCUGUAGGAGAAGAGCACAAGGGUGCCAUUGCGGAAGCAGGUGGAAUAAAAGCUUUAGUGGAUCUUAUAUUCAAAUGGUCCUCUAGUGGAGAUGGAGUUUUGGAACGUGCAGCCGGUGCAUUGGCUAAUUUAGCGGCUGAUGACAAGUGUAGUACAGAGGUUGCAUUGGCAGGUGGUGUGCAUGCUUUAGUGAUGCUUGCUCGUAACUGCAAAUUUGAGGGCGUGCAAGAGCAGGCUGCUCGUGCAUUGGCUAAUUUAGCUGCUCAUGGAGAUAGCAAUAGUAACAAUGCUGCUGUUGGACAAGAAGCAGGUGCUCUUGAGGCACUUGUUCAACUUACACGAUCUCCACAUGAGGGCGUCAGGCAAGAAGCUGCUGGUGCCCUUUGGAAUUUGUCAUUUGAUGAUAGAAACAGGGAAGCCAUCGCAGCAGCUGGUGGAGUUCAGGCUUUGGUUGCUCUUGCGCAAUCUUGUUCUAAUGCCUCUCCUGGACUUCAAGAAAGGGCUGCUGGUGCUCUCUGGGGAUUAUCAGUCUCCGAGGCCAAUAGCAUUGCCAUUGGACGUGAAGGUGGUGUUGCACCUUUGAUUGCUCUUGCAAGGUCUGAAGCAGAGGAUGUUCAUGAAACUGCCGCAGGAGCACUGUGGAAUCUUGCUUUCAACCCUGGUAAUGCUUUACGAAUAGUAGAGGAAGGAGGAGUUUCUGCACUUGUGGAUCUGUGUUCUUCAUCAGUUUCGAAGAUGGCACGGUUCAUGGCUGCCUUGGCAUUGGCUUACAUGUUCGAUGGAAGAAUGGAUGAGUUUGCUUUAGUAGGCACGGGUUCGGAAGGUAUUUCUAAGAGCGUGAGCUUGGAUGGGGCAAGAAGGAUGGCCUUAAAAAACAUUGAAACCUUUGUCCUUAUGUUUUCGGAUCCACAAGCAUUCACAGCUGCUGCAGCAUCAUCGGCUCCCGCAGCAUUAUCCCAGGUUACUGAAGGCGCUCGAAUACAGGAAGCAGGACAUCUGAGAUGCAGUGGUGCUGAAAUCGGAAGAUUUGUCACCAUGCUGCGGAAUCCAUCAUCUAUACUCAAGACUUGUGCAGCAUUUGCUCUUCUCCAGUUUACAAUUCCUGGGGGAAGACACGCCAUUCACCAUGCCAGCCUCAUGCAGAAUGCAGGAGCAGCAAGAGUUCUUCGUGGCGCGGCUGCUGCUGCCACAGCUCCACUCGAAGCGAAAAUCUUUGCCAGAAUAGUUCUUCGCAACCUUGAGUAUCACCAAAUUGAGCAUACAGCGUAGAUCAAAUUCAUCUAUUCUGUUACAAAAUCCUCCUCAAAGUAAAAUUGGACUUCUCUGGUGUUUCUCACAUGUAUACGAACUGCUCAACAAUGCCAUGAGAACACUGCUAGCUGGCUGAAUCUGAAUUUGAUGUAAGUGAAGCAAAAAAAAGACCUAAAUUGCAGGUUCAUCUAUCUUUUAAGUCCCUUGGAACUGCUUAGUCAAAAACAGUUCUUUAUUUGAGAUGUAUUUCUUCCCCUUUUGUAUCAAUCUUUUUUACACCAUGGUUGCAUGACUGCAUCAGAUAGGAAAAAUGAUAUAAAUUUUAGCGGUUAUGUUUUUUCCUUUUUUUU